GCCUCGGUCCGCCCGUCCGCAGCCCCGCUGUCCCCGCUCCCCCGGCCGAGCCUCCCCACGCCCCUCCCGCUCGCUGCCUCCCGUCUUGGCCGUGAGCCGAACCCGGCGCGCGGUACCCGCGACGCCGCUGCGCCUCAGGUGAGGGAGCGGGGGAAGGAGAGAGCGAGCGGGGAGCACUCGCUCCCCCUCCCUCCUCAGCGCCUCCCCGCCGCCGAACCCCGCCGCUCCCUGGUUCACUUCUCGCGGCGGAGCCACACAGCGCCUUGCCAAGAUGGGCUGCACGCUGAGCGCCGAGGACAAGGCGGCGGUGGAGAGGAGCAAGAUGAUCGACAGGAACCUGCGGGAGGACGGCGAGAAGGCGGCCAGGGAGGUCAAGCUGCUCCUCUUAGGAGCUGGUGAAUCGGGGAAAAGCACAAUUGUCAAGCAAAUGAAGAUUAUCCAUGAAGCUGGUUAUUCAGAAGAAGAAUGUAAACAGUACAAAGCUGUUGUCUACAGUAACACCAUUCAGUCCAUUAUUGCUAUCAUUAGAGCAAUGGGGAGGUUGAAGAUAGACUUUGGUGAUCCAAUCAGGGCUGAUGAUGCUCGUCAACUCUUUGUGUUGGCUGGAGCAGCAGAAGAAGGAUUUAUGACUUCAGAGCUUGCGGGAGUUAUCAAGAGACUGUGGAAAGACACUGGGGUUCAAGCCUGUUUCAACAGAUCUCGAGAAUACCAGCUCAAUGACUCUGCUGCCUAUUACUUGAAUGACUUGGACAGGAUAGCACAAACCAGCUACAUUCCAACUCAACAGGAUGUUCUCAGGACAAGAGUGAAAACUACAGGAAUAGUGGAAACUCACUUUACUUUCAAGGAUCUUCAUUUUAAAAUGUUUGAUGUUGGAGGCCAAAGAUCAGAGCGGAAGAAGUGGAUUCAUUGUUUUGAGGGUGUUACAGCAAUUAUUUUUUGUGUGGCACUGAGUGAUUAUGAUUUGGUCUUGGCUGAAGACGAGGAAAUGAAUCGGAUGCAUGAGAGCAUGAAAUUGUUUGACAGUAUCUGUAACAAUAAAUGGUUCACAGACACUUCUAUUAUUCUAUUCCUGAACAAGAAAGAUCUUUUUGAAGAAAAAAUCAAAAGAAGUCCUCUCACUAUUUGCUAUCCUGAAUAUGCAGGGUCAAACACUUAUGAAGAAGCAGCUGCUUACAUUCAGUGUCAGUUUGAAGAUCUGAACAAGAGGAAAGACACAAAGGAAAUCUACACUCACUUCACAUGUGCCACAGACACAAAAAAUGUGCAGUUUGUUUUUGAUGCUGUAACUGAUGUCAUUAUUAAAAAUAACCUUAAGGACUGUGGCCUCUUCUGAGAACAGACAAAAGGUUGUUCAAUGGUUUGGAGAUAGACUUCGCACAAUUCUAAUCUUAUUCUUUUCAAGGUGAAAGAAGUACAAAAUGCAUUGUGCUCAAUGAUAGAUCAGUACUGUACUUGCCUGUUUUAACAGCUUUAUUUAUGUUUGUCUUGUAAAUUUAAGUAAUUAGUUAACACUGAGAUGUCAGUUGAUUGUAUGUAAACUUACAGUUGUAGUAAUGUAUUUGUAUAAACGUUGAAUGGAAUAUUUUAGUAACUUGAUGUCCUCUAAAACAUUCCUCUAAAAUUUCCAUGUUUUAUGAAGAUACUCUUAGAGGAGACAGACACUUUUUGCCUUUGGAUUAUUUAAACAUCUUGUAAAAUUAAAUUUUCUUUUCAUCUUAAGGGUGCAUGCUGCCUUAUUCUUUAUUUUUGUUGGUAAUACUGUAUAUGGCGUUAGCAUUUUUGAUAUUUAAACAGCCUCAUUCACCUUCUCAGACUUAAAGAAAACAUAACCAAUAAACUUAUUUUUUGCCUUAAGUUUUGAAAAAAAAAUCUUUUUAUAAAUUUAGGAUAAACACAAAGAUUAUUUUAAAAUUUAAAUUAAAUCCACAGUUUAUGAAAUCCAGGCUUGCAGUCUUUGCAGUGGAAAUGUGGUAACACUGGGAAAUUGUUGUUUAAGGAUCAGCUACGACUGAAACUGAUGGAAAUGCAAAAAGGAAGUUGUUAAAACUAUUCAUAUCAAUAAAAAAAAUCGAUGCUGUGGUCUUUACUCAGUGAAUGGAAUGGAACAAUUACCUUUGGGGUGUUUUAAAUAGACAGCAAAGGCUGAACUUCAGAGUAAUGUUUUUUCUGCUUACUUAAAACAUAAAUUCAUGUUCUCCUUAAACUUUUUGCUAUUUUCUGGUAAUAAAACUAGUUGGAUAACUUAAUAACCAUAGAAAGACUGGGUUCCCCCACAAGACAAGGGGGCUUCACAGAUUAAAGCAAAUUCCUGUUGCAUAUAGCAAGAGUCUUCAAUGUUUUGAGUAGGGUGAUUUAGUGACUUAGAAGUGCUGAUUUUUUAAUUUCCUCUUUAAUUAUAGCUUCACAGUUUCUUAUAAGUUAAACAUUAUUUUCUUCUGGUUAUGCUUUCAUUAUGUGAUUUGCUGUCUUAGGUACCUAUCAUCCAUUGCCUUAGGGAUAGUGCCAAAACUGAUUUUUUUCAUACAGUUUUUAAAAGGAAUAAGCUUGUAACUGUAAAUAAGUUGAUGGUUGUCUUAAAUGUAUGUUGUCAUCUAGAAAACACGAACGUACCAAACCUGGAGAUACAAUUUUCUAUAAUUGUUAAAAUAUUUCAGGCAGCUACAGUACACCAUAAGUUCUUUGAGAAGUAAAUAAGUCUUGGAGCCUGUGGCUAUUUUUCUAUAUUAUCUUAGCAUUUAUGUUCUUCGAAAUGUUCAAAAUAUUGAAGUCAUUGUUCUGUUGUUUAAAUUUUGAUUGUGUAUGUGUUUAAGUUAGGCCUCUGCUUGAGUAAAACUUACCUGCCUUUCUCAUUCUUUAAAGCUUUCUUUGUUAGGUACAGAAUUGCUAAAUGCAUUUUAAAUGAAAGAUUAGAAGGGAGAUAAGUUAUUGCUGGAGGUUGUUAAAUAUGUUGAUACAUUAUGAGCUCUUUCAGCAGUUAUGGUAAGCAAUCUGUAUAUCCUGGGCUGCUUUUAAGUGUGCUUUACGGUUCUGGAUAUGAUUUUAAAUCUCACUGAGCUACUUUGUGGAAUUGUAUUUACACCUACGUUCCAGCUGGUUUUUGUACUUAAUGUAAAACAAAAAUUGGGAUUAAUCAAAUUAAAUAAAUCUAAAUUUUGUGCCUUG